AUGAGUUCACAAGUUCUAGCCGCUGGGUUGCGGCCUGCCACACGACGCGCAUCAGUCUCUGUCACUCGACAACUACACAGAGUUCCCACGGGAGGUCUACUACGAGCCGACUCAUCCAUUCGAGCGACUAGGAGGCGCAUGUGGUUUGGCGGCAACUCGUUCCAUAAUGCAGUCAUUGCCGGAAUCUCAUUCGCCCGCUUCUUGCCAAAGCUAGUUGUCAAGUUCGCCAGAAUACCCGCUAUGUUCGGUGGGUUGGCAAUUGGUGCUUUUGCCUGGGUUCAGUAUCAAGCAAACCAGGCAAGUACUUAUGCCAUCGAACUCUUCCAUACCACCAAAGACACAGUCACCUCGACGGCGUCCAACCUGUUUGAUACGGCCAAGGAUGUUGCUGCUCAAACGCGUCAGGGAUGGGAGAACACGAAGGAGCAGGUCGAUGCGCCAGAUUGGCUCAAAAAAAUCCUUCGAAUACAUGAAGACGUUGGCACAGGGGGUUCGGGCGGACAAGGAGGUGGUGGUGACCCAAGACAGAGCAGAACCGGCGCUGCCGCGGCUAUUGGUGCUACUGCAGCAGCUUAUGGCUACGAAAAAUCCUCAGAGGAUGAUCCCCGAGAUUUGGAAGAGGUCGCAAAUGAUGAUCAAAUGAUGGUUUUAACGAAGAAAAUGAUCGAGAUCAGAAGCAUACUCCAAAAUGUUGGCCAGUCCAGCUCAUUAACCCUCCCCUCUAUUGUUGUCAUUGGCUCCCAAUCAUCAGGGAAAAGUUCUGUUCUAGAGGCUAUUGUUGGACAUGAAUUUCUGCCCAAGGGCUCAAAUAUGGUCACGCGUAGACCAAUCGAGCUUACUCUGGUGAACACUCCAGGUUCAGGAGAGGAAUAUGGAGAGUUUCCAGACCUCGGAUUGAGGCGUCUUUCAGACUUCUCGUCAAUUCAACGGACGCUCACGGAGCUCAACAUGGCAGUCUCGGACGCUGACUGUGUGUCGGAUGACCCUAUACACCUAACAAUCUACUCUCCCAAUGUUCCGGACUUGUCUCUCAUUGAUUUACCCGGUUACAUUCAGGUUGUUGGUCAAAACCAACCGCUUCAACUAAAGCAGAAGAUUUCAGAGCUGUGCGAUAAGUACAUCCAAUCUCCAAAUGUCAUUCUAGCUAUCUCGGCUGCCGACGUGGACCUUGCAAACUCAACCGCACUGAGGGCAUCACGCCGAGUUGACCCAAGAGGUGAACGGACAAUAGGGGUUGUCACGAAAAUGGACCUGGUUGAGCCCACACGUGGCGCUGCAAUUCUCAACGACAAGCAAUACCCUCUCCGUCUUGGCUAUGUGGGAGUUGUUUCCAAAGCACCAUCAUCGCACGGGUUGUUUAAGAUGGGGCAAGCAAAUCUGAUGACGACGAUAGCAAAAAAUGAGAGCAGCUUCUUCUCCUCGCAUCCUCUAGAAUUCGGGCCAGACGCUGGUGUCAAUGUUGGCACGACUACGUUGCGCAAAAAGUUGAUGCAUGUACUUGAACAAACCAUGUCAUCCAGCCUGCAAAGCACAAGCGAUGCCAUUCGACAAGAGCUGGAAGAGGCAAGUUAUGAGUUCAAAGUACAAUAUAACGAUCGGCCUCUGUCCGCGGAAUCGUAUCUCGCGGAGAGUUUGGACGCUUUCAAGCACUCUUUCAAGAAAUUCACAGACGAAUUUGGCAGACCACAGAUGCGAGAGCUGCUGAAAGGCGAGCUCGAUCAAAAAGUACUGGACCUCUUGGCUGCCAGGUACUGGAACAAACCUAUCAUAGAUUUGUCGCUGGCCCCAGAAGAGCCUGACCACAUCUCAGCUCUGCCGAAGGCAGAAGCUUCCUCGUUGUACUGGCACCGGCAGCUUGAUGCGUCAGUAUCAGCCCUCACUAAGCUCGGUGUUGGCCGUCUCGCCACUACUGUUGUGGCUUCUUCCUUACAAAAUCAUGUCGAUCAGCUUCUUAACAACUCCAAUUUCGCAACUCAUCCUUUCGCUCGCCAAGCCAUCUUGGAGGCAGCAUCAACCAUUCUCAAUGAAAGAUUCUACAGCACCAGUGAUCAAGUCGAGAAUUGCAUUAAGCCCUUCAAGUUCGAAAUUGAGGUUGAGGAACGGGAGUGGGCUCAAGGGCGGCAACACGUUGGAGAUGUGCUCAAGAAGGAACUAUAUGACUGCGAGGCUGCUUUGACCGGGCUUGAGUCGUCUGUGGGUGGUCGCCGAAAGUUAAAGGAAGUCAUGAAUUUCGUCGACAAGGCUCGGAAAGGCGACAUUACAGUUGAAGGCGACGGUAGAAGCGGUGCAGGCGGUUUCAGCGCUUCACUUCUGGCCAAAGGACGUGAGGCAGCUUUUCUUCGCGAUCGUGCUGAUAUUAUUAAGAUGCGACUCAUGGCCCUCAGAUCUAAGCAAUGUGCGUCUGCCAAGAAUAAAUACUACUGCCCUGAGGUGUUUUUAGACGCUGCAGCCUCCAAGUUAGCUUCUACAGCUGUUCUUUUCCUGAAUGUUGAGUUGCUUUCUGAAUUCUACUACAACUUCCCUCGCGAGUUGGAUCUCCGUCUUGGCCGCCACCUCACCCAGGACGAAGUUGAGCGGUUUGCGAAGGAAGACCCCAAAAUUCGCCGACAUCUAGAGGUAAUACGCAGAAAGGAGCUUUUGGAACUUGUUCUUGAAAAAAUGGACAGUCUGAAACAGCUAGAGGGCAGAGAGCGCGACCGACCGACUGGCACACGCAGGCCUGACGGCGAGAAGCAUCGUGGCAGAUGGGGCCUGUUUUAA